UUGUUCUUAGUUCCAACCCACCUAAUACCUAACAUUUAUAGAACCGUAGAAUAGAGGUUGCUAUAGCAAUACAUACAGUGGAGAAAUUUUGAUUGUUGUGAGAUAAUGUCUGCUUCAGAGGAUAAGGGAAAAAAAUUCUCUCACUCUUCUUGGUCCCUACUAUGCUGUAGAAAUGGUAUCUCUUCAACAACUACUUCAGCAGCAGAAAGGGAAAAAAACAGUGAAGAACUAAGCAGGAAUAGUUCAAGAUCAUCAUCCAAUAAGAAGCCAGGAGGAUGGAAGGCCAUGCCUUUUAUUUUAGGCAAUGAAACGUUUGAGAGGUUGGCUGCAUUUGGUUUGUUUGCUAACUUUAUGGUGUAUUUGACGAGAGAGUUUCAUUUGGACCAAGUUUAUGCUUCAAAUAUUCUCAACAUAUGGAGUGGUAUCACCAACUUCUUCCCUUUGAUUGGUGCCUUCAUUUCUGAUGCCUAUGUUGGUCGCUUCUGGACCAUAGCUUUUGCUUCCUUUUCUUCUCUACUGGGGAUGGUGGUGGUGACUUUAACAGCAUGGUUACCAGAGUUGCAUCCUCCACCAUGCACUCCUCAGCAACAAGCAUUGAACCAAUGUGUUAAAGCUAGCACACCUCACCUAGGUGCUCUACUUACGGGACUUUGCCUAUUAAGCGUAGGCUCUGCUGGCAUAAGGCCAUGUAGCAUCCCAUUUGGUGUGGACCAAUUUGACCCCUCCACAGAUGAAGGGAAAAAAGGUAUCAAUAGCUUCUUUAAUUGGUACUACACCACUUUCACGGUGGUGUUGUUGAUCACUCAAACAGUGGUUGUGUAUAUCCAAGACUCCGUUAGCUGGAAGAUAGGUUUUGCCAUACCAACAGUGUGUAUGUUCUGCUCCAUCAUCAUGUUCUUUGUGGGAACAAGGAUCUACGUCCAUGUGAAGCCAGAAGGAAGCAUUUUCACUAGCAUUGCACAAGUUCUAGUGGCCGCUUAUAGAAAACGAAAAGUUGAGCUACCACGUGAGAAGCAUGUUGAUGGGGUUUUCUAUGAUCCUCCACUUAUUGGGACAAACGUUUUGUCAAAGCUACCAUUGACCAACCAAUUUAGGGGUUUGAAUAAAGCAGCUGUAAUAAUGGAGGGGGAGCUAAACCCUGAUAGGAGUAGAGCAAAUAAGUGGAAACUUGUCAGCAUCCAACAAGUGGAAGAGGUUAAAUGCUUGGCAAGGAUUUUCCCAAUUUGGGCUGCUGGGAUCCUAGGUUUUACUUCCAUGGCACAACAAGGAACAUUUACUGUGUCACAAGCCUUGAAAAUGGACAGACACCUUGGACCAAAAUUCCAAAUCCCAGCCGGUUCACUUGGGGUCAUAUCAUUCAUCACCAUAGGUGUGUGGGUUCCAUUCUAUGACAGAAUCAUGGUGCCAACACUAAGGAGAGUCACUAAGCAUGAGGGGGGGAUCACACUCCUUCAGAGAAUUGGAAUUGGCAUGGUGUUCUCCAUCUUAUCCAUGGUUGUUGCUGCAUUGGUGGAAAAAGUGAGAAGAGAUUUGGCAAAUGCAAAUCCAAGCCCACUUGGAAUUGCCCCCAUGUCAGUCCUGUGGCUGGUCCCACAACUAGUCCUGAUGGGCCUGUGUGAGGCAUUCAAUGUGAUUGGACAAAUUGAGUUCUUCAACAGGCAAUUCCCUGAUCAUAUGAGAAGCAUUGCCAAUGCAUUGUUCUCUUGCUCUUUUGCUGGGGCUAGCUAUGUUAGCAGUGCACUAGUCACCACUGUUCAUCAUGUCACUAGAACACAUAGCCACCCAGAUUGGUUGACAAAUGAUAUAAAUGCUGGAAGGCUUGAUUAUUUUUACUAUCUGGUAGCAGGAACUGGAGUCCUCAACUUGGUUUAUUUUCUGAUUGUGGCUCAAAGAUAUCAUUACAAGGGAAGUGGUGACCUCCAAGAUAAUGCUCAAGAUGUGGAGUUAGCUUCAAAAGGAAAGAGUUAGAUUACUAUAGUGCUAAGAAUGAAGAUUCUAAAUAAAUAAGAAUAAGAGGAAGAAAAAAUAAUUUACAUAUUAUAUAUAUAUAUAUAUAUAUAUAUAUAUAUAUAUAUAUAUUAUAUCUUUUUUUCGAAAGUUGUACUAUGUAAUUAACGUGUUUGGAAAAAUGUUGAGAAGUAAAAAAUUACAUUUCAGAUAUAAUAAUUAUAGUUUAUGUUUGAUUUCAA